GGGCGCGGGCGCAACGGCGUCGUGUGGGAGCUUGCCCGGGUCGCGCCGGCUGCAGAGCGGUGAGUCCUGCCGACUCGCUUCUGUAUUUCUAAACGCUCUGAGGUAACUCAGGGGCGCCCUGGAAGUUCAUAGCCGUUGUUUUGUCUGUGCGCAGAGCCAUGAUCCUUUCUCGCCACCUUCUCUGUCAGCCUGCGUUCCACCCCACUGAAAUUAACUGGAUUUUGCACAUGAUGAUUUGUGAGAAUGGGAAAAAAAACCAAAAAAAAAACCACCACCAAAACCCAAGAACCCCAUAAACCUCACCUGAGCUCCUCUAAUGAGCUAUUUGGACAUUGGAGAAACAAAGAAAAAACCUGCUGAAGUCAAUAAUGAGGUCAAGCCAGUUACUCACAGUAGGAUCACUGUGUCAGCCCGGUUUCGAAAGCCUCUCCAGGAGCCCUACACUAUUUUCCUGAUUGCUAAUGGAGACCUUAUUAGCCCUGCAGUGCGCCUCCUCAUUCCCAGGAAAACACUGGACCACUGGGAUCAUAUUCUUGAAAUGGUUACAGGAAAAGUAACCCUCAGAAGUGGAGCUGUUCACAGACUCUACACUGUAGAUGGAAAACUUGUUCAGAAUGGAUUAGACUUGGAGAAUGGGCAAAUUUAUGUUGCAGUGGGUAGAGAAAAGUUUAAAAAAUUGCCAUAUGGUGAUCUGCUGUCCAAAUCUACAACAAGAAGGCCACAGGGUUCCAAAACCUCUGUACAACCUCCAGUUGUGGGAUCUCGAAGGUCUAAAGGCAAUGGAAAUGAUGGGCAAUCUAAAUCUACCACUGGAUCCAGUGACCAGGGCGAAAACAAUUCCUCGCCUCAGCUUCCCAAAAGGAAAGACAAAAAAAGUCAGAAUCCAGAGAAUUCUGUGUCCAGACAACACUUUUCUAACCACUAUACAAAAGUAAAACAGACAGUAAAAGCUUCCACAGGAGUCCUUCAAGGAGAAAAUAUUUACAAAGCCAGAGAAGAAGAGUCCGAAAUGUGGGAAGCAGUUGAAGUGCAAGAAGAUGAAGAUACCCUUGUGGAAGUUCCACUGGACCAGAGACCAGCAGAAACUGUAGAUGAAGAAGAGAAUGUAGAAGAGGAAAAUGACAGGGGAGAGGAGGCAUAUAAAGGAGAGGAAGUAUAUCCAGAAGUGAAUGGAAAGGAAAGUGGGGAAACUGUUAAAGAAAUAACUGAAGUGGAAGAAAACAAAAAGAAAUUAAAUGAAAAUUAUGAAGAUGAAGCAGGAGAAACACAGAAAGUUGACCAGGCAGAGGAAAAGGAACUUACCCAUUUAAAUGGCAAAAACAAUAAAGAAAAUGGUGAAGGAAUGGAGCACUUGAACUACCAAGGUGAUCUUCAGCCUGAAGAAGAAAUAAAAGAGGAUUCAGGCAGUCAGAACCAGGUUGAUCCUGGUCUUGAAAAUACAUCCACAAAUCCAAGGGUGACAAUUACCAGCCCACAGGAAAGUGAAAAGAACGACCAGAGCAUUGAUUGUGCAGCAGUUGCAUAAACAGGAAAAAUGUAAUGAGCAGAAAAUGAAGAAGGAUAACACUUUAAAUAUAAAGCAUGCUAUUUUUUGUGGUUGGUAACAUGUAUUAGGAAGGCAGGUUGAGUACCCACAUAAUGAAUCUUGAGAUGAGGAUGCUCUAUGGACUGAUGAAAAACAAGCGCUUAUAUCUACUAGAAGAACAUAGAAUUAUUUUUACAUAGUGAGAUUUUUUGAUAAGAUUUGAGGGCGGAAAUACAAGAGUAAUGUAUAGUAGUAUUAGAAAAAAAUUAACUAUUCUGUGGUAUGAGAUAGAUAGCAGCAAUAGAAUAACCACAAAAACUACUCUGUUCCACGGAAAGGAAAAGAGACCCACCCAGAUUCAAUGUCAAAACUUCUUUGUUGAUUUGUUCAGGAAAAGAAACUAUUUUUUACCUUUUAACUAGGAUGUGUAGUUUUUCCUCUAAAAUUCUACAUGAUAGGUAUAAUUUUCAGUUAUAACAUUGAAAUCUAACUAGAGUAUGUUCCUCACCUAAUGGAUAUAUGCCCACAGAAAAUGGUUUGCUAUAAUGAGGGGCCAGUUUAAUGUUACUAAAUUGUCUCAGUAUAUUAAUUAGAAUUAUUAGGUUUUGCAUACAUAAAUAGCACUUAGUUAACACUAUGAAUACAUGUGGACAUACUGCACUUGUUUCCAUUUAAACCGGAAAAUUUUGUUGAUUGUCCUGCACUGAUUCACUAAAUAGUGAAUUAUUGUCAUCAUGAACAAAAAAAAAAGGAAGAGUAUGCAGUAGAUUAGUUUAAAAAAUUGAACUUGGAUGGAUUUGUCAUUCAGUCUAAGAGAAGCUUAAUUUAUUAAUGAACUAAAAAAAAAAAAAAAAAAAAAAAUGUCUGGAUUUAGACUGAAAUUUCCAUGAAACCAUUGCUGUUGAUGGAGCCAUUUUAAUAUGUAAGACAUCAGGAUGAGCCCACCAGCUUUCUGUAAAAAUCAGGAACAAUUAUUGCAUUUAUGAACCCUUUGCAUAGCCUUAAUGGUUGGAAGUGUGUCAUCAUCCUUUUGAGUAAGAUGUCUCCUGAUAGGCUGUGGCUUAAUAGGCAUUAGUAAUUAAGGCAUUGAUCCACAGUAUAAGUUCUCUUAAUGACACUGAUUCCACUGCUCUUAUCAUUUCUGUCCUAGUAAUGGGAAUAAUUUGUAGGUCAUAGAAAUACAGCCCUGAGCAUAAUUUUAUUAAUUAUACAAAAGAAAUAGUGGGUUUCCUUAUCAUUAAUUCUAGUAAAUUAUUACUAGAAGAAACUUAAUGUCAUUUUUGUUGAUUUCAUGCCAUUAAGACAAGAAUUAUAUUUAUGAACAAAUUGAACUUGAAGCACUGUUUAAGGAAUGUGAAGAACCACUUCUCAUAACUGAAGCUCAAACAAACAUUUUCCCUUCUUCUACUAGUUAUUAAGUAUAUUUUUCCAAUGUAAUAGAAAUAUGUGGAGAUCCUUCAGCACACUUCUGUGCUUUGGCAAUUUAAGUAUAAAAGACGUUUAAAAAGUUAUGAAUAGGGUUAGAAUAGUUUGCCCUGUGGCAUCUGUGAUUUGUCUGUGAAACCUUCUGUCUGUGAAACCUGUACUUCUGCUGAGCUGUCUGACAAAGACCAAAGGGAAUAUUGCAUCUGUGAUCCGUUUAAAAUAAGCUCCUAAUUUAGCCAAGUUCUUAAGCAAAGUAUGCAUGCUUCCUUUUUUUGUGAUAGCAGUUAAGCCUAUGAUCAAAUAUAUUUGACUUCUCUGAUAUUUAAAAAGACAUUUAUAGUUAAGCAGAAGUAAAAACCAACCAACUCUAACCAACCCCUCAAAAAAAAAAAAAAAAAAAAAAAGUGUCCCUGAAGCAGAACGGACAAAAUAACCCUGGGUGAUAGUGGGGUAAAAUGACACAGGUGCCUUUAUUAUUGAUUUCUAUUUAUAGCUUCUGAGUGCCAGCAAUUUCUAUAAUUUCUUUCCUUUCCCAAAAAGUUUGGUAUUUUCCAUGCUUAAAAGACUUAGAGAUAUCAGUAAGAACUUAAAGGAUUUAACUAAGUUCUAGGGAAAUGUAAUGUUAUCAUUUUUCUUCAUAGGAACAUGAAAUUUCUGUGAGUGUUACUCAGCUUCAAAAAUGUUUCCUCCUCUGUUUCCUUGUUAGAAAGACAGGAUAUAUUUCUUCAGAAAAGCAAAUCAGACUGUUUGGAAAUAGAGAUAUAACCAUUUUAUCCUUUGCCUUGCAACACCGACAAUAUAAAUUUUGUAUCAGGUUAUUUUAUUUAGGGAAACUUGUUUAUGCCAGGAGAAAUUAAACAAGAAUGAUACAGAUGGUCUUGCUAAUAGUUUUUCUGUCUUGAUCUGCUGUGUGUGAUGGCUUAACUCAUUUUUACCUGAGAAAUACAUAAUUUUGUAAAGUUUAUGUAAUGUUAUUUUAUCGAGCUAGCAUGCAACAAUU